AUGACUACUCUAUCAACAUCCCGGGGUCACCAGGCCCUCGCCACGAGCGCUGUGUUUACGACGAUAGCCACAUUCAUUGCUGCCGUCCGUAUAUAUACACGAGCAUUCCUCGUAAAGCAGAUGGGAGCGGACGACUAUGUCGUCAUAGUCUCUCUAGCUUUCUCAUGGAUUUUCUUCGGCCUGUUGGCAGGCGAAGUCUUCCACGGCAUGGGCGAGCACUAUGCCCUUAUCCCCGCCGACACCUACAAGGUUCAGAUGAUCUGCUUCUGGGCUUCAGUCCCCAUAUAUCAAACAAGCCUCAUCAGCACAAAGAUGUCAAUCCUUCUCCAAUACAAACGAGUCUUCUCCACACCCCGCAUGCGUCAAGCAUGCUGGCUCCUCAUCGGAUUUCUAGCCGCCUACGGCACCUGGACCAUCAUCAGCGCCUGGGCGAACUGCGUCCCUCUCGCCAAGUUCUGGGAUCCAACGGUCCCAGGCUUCUGUUUGGAUAAGAAAGCCCUGUGGUUUUCCAACUCCGCCAUCCACAUUCUUACCGAUAUCCUCAUUCUCAUAUACCCAAUGCCAGUCCUGAAAUCGCUACAAUUGCCCAGGAAGCAAAAGUUCGCUCUCAUGGCUAUUUUCGCCCUAGGUGGAUUCGUCUUGAUCACAAGUGUACUCCGUCUCAAAUCCCUCCUUGUCAUCUCCAACUCAGACGACCCAACCUAUGACAACGUCGGCGCAGCAACCUGGUCCGCUGUCGAGUGCAACGUAGCAAUUAUCUGCGCCUGUCUCCCCGGCACACGCGCCUUCCUCUCCAAACUCCUGCCGCACAUCUUCUCCACCCGAAGCAACGGCUAUCGCAGCAGGACCACGCGGCCUUCGCGAACCGGCCGCAACGUCCUUACAGGAAACGGAAACACGGAAGUCCUGGCCUCUGUUGUCGGCGGACGUGAUCACAACUCGGCCUAUGACCAUGAUCUAGAAAAUCUAUCCCCGUCUGGCUCCUUUAAAGGUUACCCUAAUGAGCCUGCGAAGGAGAGCUUCGCCGGCAUCAAGGUCACGACUAAUGUUACGCAAGAGAGUACAUCGCAUUCGAACAUUGCUCUUAACGAUGAUACGGGUAGUACAAAAGAAUUGGUGAAGAAGCAUAGCUUUUGA